AUGGAGAAAAAGAUAGUGCGCAAAGGGCCGCUGCCUGGAGGUCGCCAGGGCGCGUCUGGAGCUGGCGCUGGACGCGACAGCAUGCGGGCCGCCAGCCGAGCGCGGGGUGUUGCAAGACCACCUAGCAGCCCCCCGCAUCCAUCAUCCCCACCAGAAGGCUUGGUAUCGGCUGGGUCUUCUCGGACUCAGCAAGCGGCACCCGCCGCUGGUGGAGCACGUCGCAUGCGUUGGUCUAAAUCAAUGAAUGAAAACGCACUGCGGGCGUAUUUUAGGGCAAAAGGGGAAGAAACUGGAUGUUUGGCGUAUCGGGCUCGGAUGCAUCGCUUUUUUGCAGAGCUGGAGCCAUCUCUAUCCGUCACUGAGCAAAACCUGGCAGACCGAGUUAGGUACAUCCUGCGCUCCAACAUAUUUGGUGACGCCGAACUCGAGCGACUACGACGUGAGGCUAUUUCUUCAUCGAAUGGAAAUGCUACGGCUGGGAAUGCGGCGCCACUAGAUGCGCAACAAACUGCAUAUGUGGAUGCUGCCGUCAACAUUCCAUUUGUGGCUAAUUCAGACGAUGAUGGAAUAGUCUCCCACGAACUAGAGAAAAUGAGGAGCAUAUUGGAAGAGUCGAUGCUGGAAACGCGCAGCAUGCCUCUCGAAAAUCGACCGCGACUUCCCCGCAUACCCCUUAGCAAGCGAAAUCGGGCUGUCGUGCGGGCUCUUAACCCAAUGCUGGUGACCUAUUUGGAAGCCAGCCGGGACCUUUGCGAGACGGAUUCAAUUCUUUUUGGCGCCGAACUGGCAGUAUGCCGUAUUAUUGGCGCCAAACUUCCCGUGGCUGGACGUGCUACUCAAAAAAGUAGCGCCAUCACAGCCUGGAGAAAAAGAAUUGAGGACCGUAUCGCAAAGGCAAGGGCCCUUAUCGGCAGACUGACAAGCUUCAGGUCGGGUAAUAAUAGACCGAGGAUUAUGCGCACCGUUAGGAUGGCGUUUCCUGGGACAAAUUUUAGUUUGUUCCAGCCGGAUAUCACGCAAAAACUAACGGAGCGCAUAGAUGACCUGAAGCAAAAAAUCGCUGCUUGGGGGAAGCGGAUUCGACGAUUUAGCGAGAGGUCAAGGCGGUUCAACCAGAAUCGUCUCUUCCAGAGUGAUCAGAAGAGGCUCUAUAAAUCAUUGGAGCGACCAGAGGUAUGUGGAGCGGGCCCAGGACCGGAUCAGGCUGACACUGUCGCAUUUUGGCGUGGCCUGUGGUCAGAGCCCGUAAACCACAGCGAGGGCCCUUGGAUGGAAGUUGUGGCGAGCCAGAGUGCAAGUGUUACGCCUAUGGACCCCGUCACCAUAACGCCUGAAGACGUGGCUGAGGCGGAGACAGAACCCUACUGGAAAUACAAUCCAUCCCCGGUACUCGAGAAUGAUUCUGCACAACUUUAUUGGGAGAGGUCAGUUUUAACUGACCGGACCGUUGAGCAUAAUCGACCGGACAUAAUAUUAGUAGAAAAGGAGGAGAAGCGGACGUGGUUGGUUGAUAUUGGCAUUCCAAACUCGCAUAAUGUGCAGAAGUACAGCACUGAAAAAUUGAUUAAGUACCAGCGGUUAGCUGAAGAAAUCCGACAGUUAAGGCGACAGCAGAAGGUACUUAUGGUCCCGCUGAUUCUCUCUACCACGGGAGUUGUUCCUAAAUCUCUUACUGACAAUUUAGUUAAGCUGGGCAUUUCAGUAAGAGCGGCAUCUUGCGAUCAGCCGAUGCCGAAUUUUAAAACCCUAAAAGGAGCGUUAAUGCAGAUCGUAUAA